AAAUGUAGAGCUUCUCCCCUCCAGCUCCGUCCUCCCUCUAGUCUCCAGUUCAACCUCAUCCAACCCGACUCAAGGUUCUCACUGAGACAGGGGCGUGGCUCCGGGGUGUGGGGAGGUACAGAGAUCUAAGUGAAUAUAAGAUCCCUGCAAGAUUAAGCGGUGUGCGUCUGGUGUGGGACGGAUGUAGCUUCAGAGUAAUUUGUACUGAGUGACAGAUUAGAAACCUAACCUAACGAUGGCCUGGGGGUACUGGAACGCACAUUCUCUUACACACGCUAAGACUGGCCGGCACGCUAGCCCUGCUCCAACAAUACAUACCCGGAGUAGGGAUCAGUCCUUGGAGAGGGAUCGGAGGGAGAUAGAGCAAUCAGCGUGUCCGACCCCGUCAAGAGUUUCUGUGUGUACAAGUUCUACUCCAGGUCCAGGAGGACGGAGUAGCUCCGGAGAAAUACAAAGUCCUGAGCGGGAAUUGGGACAGAGAACUAAAAGUGAACGAAGUACUCUACCUCGGGGUAGGACGAGUGAAGAGGGAGAAUGGAUUCCUGUGAGAAAUACUCUUCCAAGAGGGAAAUCAGAUUGUGCAGAUACUGGUUGGGGGACUAGUAGAUCAUUGUCCAGGGGUAAAUCUGAUAGUGACUGGGGGGAGAGAUGUACGCUCCCCAGGGGUGGGAAAUCAGGAAGUGAAGGUGAAUUCUGCCCGGCUUGCACUAGCUGCAGGGUCAGCUUCCAGUCAGUUAAAGAGAGCAGAGGUUCGCUCACAGAUGGAGGAACAGUAGGAGAGAAAUCUCAUGAUAGCUCCGAGAUACUUUCCUCUUCUCUUCCAACCCCUCCUCCUCCUCCUUUCCAGGCUAGUCUGAGCAGAGAGGGUGGGCGAGGAGGAGGAACUGAGAUCAUGGAAACAUUUAAUUUGAAGAGAAAUAGAGAGGAAAGAAGACGAAGACAGAACCUGCGGAACUCAUGCUCUAGUCAUGAAUCCCAUAAAUCCUCAGCAUCUCAUCGUAGUUCAGAGGAGGAGAAUGUGGACAGCGGGUGCAGGACGGAUUCAACAGGAAGACAAGGCAAGAGAACGUCGUCGCACACCCGGACUCCAUCUUCAGAGAGACAGUUCGGAUCCUUCUCCGAGGGGUGCUCAAAGGAAGGGAGCAGUGAUGGGAACCAAUGUAGGUAUCCUUGCUGUCCCUCCAGGGACAAGGAGAAACGGAGUUUACCCUCGAGUUUGAAGAACAAAAACCGACCGGAUACAAGUACUUCAGUGGAUUCUAAACCUAGUAAAAAUAGCUCAAGUGGUUCUGUAGACCAGGAGAAGAGGGAGAAGCUUGUACCUACUGGAAAGGUGAACAAUGCAGUGUUCAGUGAUGAAACAGAUUCACCCAAAGAAUGGAAAACUUUUCGUGAUAACGACUCUACCAGGUGGAGAAACGUAGAAAAAAUUAGUUUUAAUGGUGCUCAGAUUUGGCGUGAACGAGCUCAAGUUCGGGGGCGGAUCAACUCCGGGACGGAUUCAGGAGUUUCUCCACCGCGACGUUCUCUUCGCUCCCUCACACCUGAUGAUGAUUCAAUAUCAUUUCAUGAAUCCCUGGGACGGGAGCUCACCCGGAGAAGACGGAACCGGAGAAGAUCAGGUUCCUGUUCUUCCCAGGGGGAGGAGGAGGAAGAGGAGGAGGAUGGAGUAAAGAGAAGAUCUAAAAGGUUGGAUUCAGCCAACUCUACCCACUCAAUAACUGGUGCUUCCAGCAGAAAUUCAUCUUCUAAAUCCUCAAGCAGGUCUUCUAGAUCCCCUAGCGUGGAAUUUAUAAAGCAAGGCUGCAGUUCCAUACAAUGUAUAAGAGGAAGAAAAAGUCUCCGUUAGAGAACAGAUCCCUGGGUUCAUAUAUCAAACUAGAGAAUACUUCAGAGUAUGGGAUGGAUCUUUUGGUACAAGAUCUAAAAAGCGACUAGAGCAUACGACAAAUCCCUGGGUAUAAAGAUCUUACUAGAUCCUCGAGCAUAGGACGGAUACCUGAGACAAAGAUCUAUCUAGAGAAUCUACGAAUCCCUGUGUUAUCAUCUAGUUAUAAAUAGGAGAGUUUCUGUUCCUAACUACAGGCUGGUGCAACUUAAGGUUUAGGAUUCUGUAUCUGAA